AUGGUCCAAAGCCGGCUGCCCAGUGCAGGGCACUGGUACCACACCCACUUCCAUAUCUACACCGACGGCUCCCGCCUCACUAACCCUCCAUCCGUCGGUGCAGCCAUUUACAUCCCCUCCAGGUCCCUUGCCACUGCAUGGCAGUUACCGGCCACUGCCUCCAUCACCAGAGCAGAACUGUUUGCCAUUAAAGAUGGCCUUCAAUUUGCCACUACCCUUGCUGCCCCUUGCUCAAUAGCUCUCUUUUCCGACUCUCUCUCUGCCCUCCAGAUCGUAAAAUCCCAUCGCCCACACUCCCACCACAAUGUCAGCCUUAUCAUUCACCACCUCAUCUUCCACCUGAUCUCCCUGGGACACACCAUCCACCUUCAGUGGGUGCCCUUUUAUGUCGGUGUCAUGGGAAACACAGUGGUCGACAGGGCAGCAGCACAGGCACACACCCACCCCUCCCUUAUUGACUUAGCUACUGACCAGACAGACUUCCUCACUGACCUCAAGACAGCCUGCAGGCGACACUGGGACACAACAAUGACUGACGCUUUACAACAUACCUCACUGGGACACAUUAGACAGGACACAAGACACCACUGGUGGACCUAUUCCCCCAACCAGGCACUGGACACAGCAGUCACUAGACUGAGGAUUGGCCUCAAUGCCCACCUGCACAGGCUAGGCAUGACCAACUCUCCCCACUGCCCCUGGUGCUCUACACAGCCUGACACCCCAGAACACCUGCUCCUGCACUGCCCUCGUCACCACUCACACCGUGUGGCCCUCCUCCACUCACUCUGCUAUCUACCCACACAGACCAACAAUGACUGA